CCCUCUGCUGAUGAACAAGGGCCAAAGGCAGACCUAGAGGCCGGCGCUCGCUCUCUGCUCCCCCACCCACCUCCCUGCUUCCCACACAGCCCUCUGGGACUGGCAUAGUGUCUGGAGGCGGGCCAGCAACCUGAUGUGCAUGCCACAGCCCGUCCCUCUCCCCACACAGAGCUGCAGUAAUCCUGAGGUUCAGAGAGCCGGCUGGAGAGACAGCCUCAGCACAGGGACUGUGAUACACAGAGCAAAGGCCACCAAGCGGAUUCCAUCACCCUUGAGAGCCAGUGGAGUAAGGAGAGCCCCCAAGCUGCCAGCUCUUCAGUCCUGAGAGUUCCAUCAUCGGUCGCUGCUGAACCAUGGCUGAAGGGGAAAUCACCACCUUCACAGCCCUGACGGAGAGGUUUAAUCUGCCUCCAGGAAACUACAAGAAGCCUAAACUGCUCUACUGCAGCAAUGGGGGCCACUUCUUGAGGAUCCUUCCAGAUGGCACAGUGGAUGGGACAAGGGACAGGAGUGACCAGCACAUUCAGCUGCAGCUGAGUGCGGAAAGCGCAGGCGAAGUGUAUAUAAAGGGUACGGAGACGGGCCAGUACUUGGCCAUGGACACGGACGGCCUUUUAUACGGCUCGACACCAAAUGAAGAGUGCCUGUUCCUGGAAAGGCUGGAAGAAAACCAUUACAACACUUAUACAUCCAAGAAGCACGCAGAGAAGAACUGGUUUGUGGGCCUCAAGAAAAAUGGGAGCUGCAAGCGUGGUCCUCGGACUCACUACGGCCAGAAAGCAAUCUUGUUUCUCCCCCUGCCGGUAUCUUCCGACUAGAGGGAUCGGUCUGGGUGCUCCCUAUUUUGGUUGACCCUAAAAUGUUCCCUUGACCAUUGGCUGCGCUAACCCCCAGCCCACAGAGCCUGAAUUUGUAAGCAGUGCUUCUAAAUAGCCAGUUCACCUUUCUGCUGAGCCCUUUCCCCACCAGCACAGUUUGGAACAGAAGGACCAAAUUGCUUCUAUGGGGUCAACUGGCUGGUCAGUCUAGGUCUGGGUUUGGAUAUCCAGUUGCCUCAGGGCACCUGCUACAGGCUGGACCUCACAACACAAAGAUGGGGCCAUGUGAAGCAUCCAGAGGGGUCUGAGAAGUUGGUCCUUGGUAGCUCCAUGCCUUUUCCCCUACCGAGUAAGCCCUGGUUUGAGUACCCCAGGCACCUAGCAGGUCUACCCUUCCCCCUACCAGCACCCCACAAAUAUUAGUAAAGAAAACGAUAGUGAGACUGGAGGAAUUUCAUGAUAGAGGUAGAAACCCCCCCCCGCUCCCGCCCCUAUGCCCACCCAUUGCACAGACAGGACUUAAAAAUCAAAAGAGGGUGGCAUUCCCAUGGACAUCCUAGAAGCAUGGGAUCUCAGCAUAGAGUAAGAAGGCAAGGCUCAGCCCAGCAGUCAUUACCAAGUUACCAAGGAAACAUUACUGUCAGGAUGAGCCCCGGAAAUGGUUUCUUGAUAACAGUCAGCACAGUGACCUAGGUUCAAGAGAGUGGGUGUAGGAGCAGCGAGAAAGGGAGGGUACUUUCAGCUGUGGCUGCUAGCCUCUACCAAGGAUGCUAGACAUGAGGAGAAGGAAAGAGAAAGUGAAGCCAUGAUAGUGUGCCUGACCACAAGAGACAGGGGCUUUGGAGUCCCAGUAUGAUGGCCCCCAAAUCGUACAUGAUACAGAUCAUCUGAGGAUCUGGUUUGAAUAUAAAACCUGAUUUGACAGGGCUGGUGCGGGAGUUCUAUAUUUUGAAAGGGUUCCCAGGUCCUGCUGAUGCUGCUGGCUUUCUGACCAGGCUUUCAAGAACAGACAACGUUAUUCAAACAAAGAUUGCUCGAACCUCACUCCCCUCUGCCUCCACUGCCCGGGUGUCCCUGAACAUUCAGGCAGUGUCCACCAUAAUUAGGCAUGGUUUUAAGGCACUUUGGCCCAGUGCCUAUUAAAUGCCCACUUAGAAGACACAGAAAGCAUACUUCAAAAAAGUGUUAAACCUCACCAAUAGCUUCUCCCAAGAGACUAUUUCUGUUACCAUUAUUUCUCCAAACAAGUCUCCUCUUAAAGUAAACUUGGCCCAAGUGGCCAGCAAACUAGAAACACUAUUCAUCUCCGGCAUAUGACACAAAUGCCACGAGAAGGCCUUUUAUACGCCAUUUCCAUAGACUGUGAGAAUUUAUGCUUUUGUUGCAUUUUACACAGCUUGAAGGAACUAAAUGGAUUCUCAUUCAGCCACAGAGACUGAUAAUAACUGCAUAGCAGAUAUAUGCUACUUAGUAUCUAACACACUACAUUUACUCAUGAGACUUACCUUCUUUGUCUUCUACUGUGCUUUAAAGACAGGUAUCUAGGGGCUGGUGAGAUGGCUUAGUGCUUCAGAGAGCAUACUGCUCCAGCAAAGGAUAGGAAUUCAGUUCCCAGCACUCACAUCUCUAUGCUCACACCUGAUUCUAACUCCACCCCCAGGGACCUGGUAUCCCCCUUCUGGCCUCCAGGGGUACUGCAGGCACAUGCAUAUAAAUCCACAUUCAGUCAUGCACACCAUUAGUUUGUUUGUUUGUUUUCAUCUAAAGCAAUGAUAUGGUGGCCGUGAAUCAGAAUCAAUGACAGUGUUCACUUGUUUGAUAAAGAUCUGAAGGAAUUAUCCCCUAAGGAAAAAAAUUCCUUCUAACUAUGCUGUCAUAUUUAGGAUGGAAGACAGGUGAUAAAACUCUUCAAAGUGCUAAUGGAGGAACUGAACUGAGUUACUUGACAACAUGGUUAAUAGUAACGUUUGGCCAGGUGUGGUGGCGCACACCUUUACUCUCAGUACUCAGGAGGAUGUCUGUAAGACUGAUCCAGCCUGGUCUACACAGCAACUUAUAGGACAGCCAGGGGUAUAUAGAGAGACCCUGUCUUUAAAAGUAAUAAUAAUAACAACAAUGUUUUGCUUUUUUACAAUAGCAUGAUUCGUAACUAUGUUUUAGUCUAUAAUUUGGAUAAUAUGAUUCUGUUUUGUUUUAGUAAAUCUCAGGCACACUGGGAAUGAUACAGUAUGGUUUAUCAUGUCUUUGUAUGAUGAUUUGAAGAUUUUUGUCAGUAAAAGUGAACAGAGAGAGAAGAAAUCUAUGAUAUUUAGAAUAGUGAGUAGAUUUUAUUAUAUAAACCAAACUCCAGUGUAACAUUGGCCAAGACAAAUUAAAAACCACUGCACAUUGAUGAGAUAGCAUCUGUGACUUGACAGAAUCAAAGCACAGCUAUGCAUUGUGGCCUCAACAAUCAAUCAAGACACCAUCCAUGUAUUUGCUCAAUAGAUAGUGCAGGCCCAGUGCAUGUCAGGCAUUGGAUAGUGGCCCCUGAGGAUCAUGUCUGUCUGGUAUCCUCUCCCAGGGUGUGUAUUUAUGAAGAGAAAUGUUAUGGAUUCAUUUCUUUCAGUCAAGUAAAACCCCAGACUGCAUAGAUUUCCUACUGAAUCAAUGAGUCAACAGUAUGUUCUAGAAGUCCCCAAUGAUAUAUAACCACAAACAAAGUGACAGGGGACAAGCUUAACAAAGUAAACCCAAGACUUUCAAUAUGUCUGCCUCAUGGGGGUGGACUAGUUUCAAAUCAGGAAAAGAACUGUUGGAUCUUGCAGAAAGGGAGCAGUAAGCCCAUCCCUGUGCUGUUUGGAACAUUGACUUGGGAACAUUCGGUUGUGCACUCCCUUCCAUAAACUAAGCCUCGAAGCCAUCUGCUUGUCACGUGCCUCUCACAUGCACUCAGUUCCAAGCAGGCUGUGACAAGGCCUUCAACACUCCCUACAAAGUAUGAGAAGCAUAUGGGCUUUUGACAGUAACAUACCAGAAAUGGUUCUGGGCGUUUCCCCCAAUGGCCAACAGUGUGUCCAUACAAAAACUAACUGGUACAUCAGCUGCCACUGAAGAUGAGGCCCCUGCUUUGCAUUGAAGGCAGUGAAGCCCAAGUCCUCAGCUCUGCAGAAAACACUGCCUAAAGUAACCACAGUCCCUGGCUGCAGAGCAGGCUCUGAUGAAGAUGCCUGACAUUGUUUACCCUACCCCCUACUGUAUCACACUCUGCACCUUAUAGAAAGUAAUAAAUGUUUAUGUUAAAGG